AUGUGGAGAAGGGCGCUGACCAUGCCGGGCUUGCUGCUGCUGGGGCUCCUUGCCUUCAUUGAAGGUGUACGUCGAGCUGAACAGGACAUGGAGGAUGUGGAUCCCAGCCCUAAAGCAGGCAAGGGUAAACUGCAGCCGCGGUCGCUUCCAGAUACUUGCGAAGGCGGCACCCUUAUGCUGGAAGGCCAGUACAAUGUUGACAAAGAGCAUGCGAUCUCCGGAGGGUGCCAAGUACGCGGCAAAGGCAAAGGUGCAAACAUUCACCUGAAUGCACCGCUCGUCUUCGAAGGAGACCAAGACGCUUCUUUCGCCGGUACUCUACGCUUCAUUGGGAAGGGGGUGCUGCAGAAAGCUUGCGUGGUUGUGCAGGGCCGGCUCACCGUUGGUUUGGGUCAUGGUGACUAUAUCUUGUUCACCGGCUGCCACAACAAGGAGAUUGAACAACUCGGGGGCGCGCUGUAUGUCGAGCAGGGCCUUGUCAUGAGAUCCGGCACUUUGGAGGUAAAAGGAAGCAGCAGCCUGGCAGGCGGUGGGGGAAUCUACAUUCGCAAAGGCGGCCUUCGGCAAUCUGCUGGCAGCAUCAAGCUGGAUGGCUGCAAAUCGGAAGGCAUCGGUGGGGGCCUCCUCAUCAAAGCGGGUGGCUUUAAUCAAGAUGCUACUGCAGACAUCCACUGCGUUGACUGCUCCGCGAAGCACGGCGGAUGCCUCGCAACUGAGCAAGCGGACUUGGCGUUGGAUGUGCACGGCACCAUCGAGGCGCACAACUGCGUGGCAGAGGGAUCAGGCCGGUUUGCAUUCACGUCCAACACAGAUAAUGCGCCGGGGCAACAGUGGAGUCUUGUGCUGGGAACGGCUAGCUGA